AUGGGUAACUACUCGAAAGCACUUGAAUUUUACGAAAAAUCACUUCAAAUCCUCGAAAAAGCUCUGCCUUCAAAUCAUUCUCAUUUGGCUAGUUCCUACAACAACAUUGGUAUGGUGUAUCACAACAUGGGUAACUACUCGAAAGCCCUUGAAUUUUACGAAAACGCACUUAAAAUAUUCGAAAAAGCUCUGCCUCCGAAUCAUCCCGAUUUGGCUACUUCCUACAACAACAUCGGUGGAGUGUAUAACAACAUGGGUAACUACUCGAAAGCACUUGAAUUUUUCGAAAACGCACUUAAAAUAUUCGAAAAAGCUCUGCCUCCGAAUCAUCCCGAUUUGGCUACUUCCUACAACAACAUCGGUGCAGUGUAUGACGACAUGGGUGAUUAUUCGAAAGCACUUGAAUGUUACGAAAAAGCACAUAAAAUAUACGAAAAAGCUCUGCCUCCGAAUCAUCUCUCAUUGGCUCGUUCCUACAACAACAUCGGUGCAGUAUAUGACAACAUGGGUGACUACUCAAAAGCACUUGAAUUUUACGAAAAAUCACAUAAAAUCAACGAAAACGCUCUGCCUGCGAAUCAUCCCAAUUUGGCUGCUUCCUACAACAACAUUGGUACUGCAUAUUUCGGCAAAGGAGACUACUCAAAAGCACUCUCAUUCUUAGAAAAGGCACUUUCUAUCUUGCAAAAAUCACUUCCACCUAACCAUCCUAAUAUUAAAACAGUCAAAAACUCAAUUGACAAUGUAAAAAAGGAAAUGUAA